GGAAUGAAUUGAACCUAACGACCUGCCUUUUACCUUAAUAUCUGUCGUAUUUCUAGAUUUACACUAUAAAUUCUCUAAAAAGAAAAUUAAAAUAUAGGAACAAAAACAAGUCAAUUAGUCAAGUAAAAUAUUUAAUUUUUUUUUUGUACCUUUCAGGCAAAAUAUUUAACUAACAUCGAAAAGCCCGCCAAAUAAAAACACAUUAUUGAAUUUUAAAUUAAAAAAGCAAUAAUAACUUAACUAAUCACAUAUAAUAUUAAUAUAUACAUACACACGCAACUAUAUAUUAUUCUCACCCCUCUCUAUCUAUUCAUCACAAUCCAAAACUCUCCCUCUCUCCUCUUUGUUUUACAGUUUCUAUCUCAAACGGUGAAGCAAUGGGUUUUCCGGCGGGCUAUACCGAGCUCCUUCUCCCAAAAAUCUUCCUUCAUCUACUCUCUUUCUUAGGUCUGAUACGAAAACUAAUCUGCACACUUUUCUGGUUCAUUGGUUUACCCGAUUUCUUAGAACCCGAACCGGUUUGGCCCGACCCACCACCAAACUCCACCACCUCAAGCCACCAAGACUCUAACUUGUUUUCAGCAGCGCUGCUAGCUGGAGAUAUCUUGCCCGUUGUCAGAUUUUCGGAUCUAAACCGACCCGAAUCCGAAUGUUGUGCCGUGUGUCUCUACGAUUUCGAAAACGACGAUGAGAUCCGACGGCUGACAAAUUGCAGGCAUAUAUUCCAUAAGGGAUGUUUGGACCGUUGGAUUAUGGAUUACAGUCAGAUGACGUGUCCGCUUUGUCGUACUCAGUUCAUACCUGAUGAACUUCAAGCGGCUUUUAAUGAAAAGCUUUGGUCUGAUUCUAGUGAAGACGUUUCUGAACUUCUUGCUCAAUCAUCUUAGGACAUAGUUCUUUUUCCUCUCGCUUGACAUGGUAAUAUAAAGGUUAUUUUUCUUGUUAGUACUUUGUUAUUAGUAUUGUGUUUGGUGGCUGAUUGAUGUAAAUUAAAAAAAUAGGUAGUGGUUACAGGCUAGUGAAAAAGAAGAAGAAACUUGUAUCAUCUUAUUCAGAAAAAAGGAAAAAAUUUGAGUUGUUAUAAAUUUGUAUUAUUUUCCUGUUUAUUGAAUGAAAAUAAUUCUAUUCA